AUGUGGCGUCCCGCACGGCUUUUCAAUCUGGGUCUGCAGACGUGCCCCGGCCCUUUCGAAGAGUCGGACGCCGCGGAUAUCUGGGACGCGUGGAAUGCCCAGAAGCUCAAAGUCGCAGCAGCUUACAAAGACGGGCUGUGUACUCGCACCGGCUUCAAGAAGCUCCUGGCCGCAUGCGCGUCCCUUUGGUCUGGCGUGGAGGACGUUCUUACGAUCCUCAAGGACAACUGUUCGAUUGCCGCAGCUUAUGUUGACCUCGAUGUAGACGAGCUUGAGGCCAAACUUUUGUGA